AUGUAUAAGAGACAGCUGCAACAGCUAUGCCACCUGAGAAGGUGGAGUUUGCCAACAUACUCUGCCAUGUAUGAUGGUCCUCCACACAAGCCAAGCUAUAAGGCUUCUGUUCUUGUCAACGGUGUCACUUUUACUUCUUCCGGCACUUUCAAUACAUCAAAAGAAGCUCAAAACCAAGCUGCAAUGAGAGCUUUUCUCAACUUAUCUUCUCCUUCAUCUGGCUCUUCAACACCAAGAGAUGAAUAUGGUUCAAAAGAGGAAGUUGAAGCUGCCAAAUCUCAAGAGACUCCCGUUAUUAGGACUGAGACGGCUCGUUUGAGCAAACAUCAGUUGCAAAACUAUGCUAGAAAGAACAAUCUCGAUCCACCUGUUUAUACAAUUAAAACUGAAGGGCUACUUCAUGACAUUCACUUCAAGGCUUCUGUUGUUAUUGGUGGGAAAUCAUUUGACAGCCCAACAUUUUUCAACACAAGAAAAGAGGCAGAACAAGCUGCUGCAAAAGUUGCUUUGAUGGAAUUGCCAAUUUCAGAUGACUUGUUUAACAAGGCAAGUGUCCUUGAUGAAUCUUGUCCAGCCAAGAGUUUACUGCUUGAAUUAACACAGAGAGAAGGUUUUUCGAAACCAAUAUAUAAAACUACAGAGGCUCGUUCUUCGCCACCUUUUUCCUCAACUGUGGAAGUAGAGGGUGUUGAAUUUCAUGGAAAGGCAUCUUGGUCCAAAAAACAGGCAGAACAUGAUGCUGCAAAGAUUGCUUACACUGCCUUAAAAGAGUGUAAGUUCAUUCAUUUGACUUUGCUUUCGACCGUAAGAAUCACAAACAAAUUUGGCCCUUCAUCUUCACACAAUGGACUUCCUCCUGUAGAGAUUUCUGAGUCAAACAAGGCAAAAACUUCCAAUACAAAUACAAGUAGCUACUCACUUUGUAACAGGUUCAAGGUCUACACAAAUUUUCCAAAUAUUAUAUUCCCUGAGGAGAUUACACUUGUGCCUAUUGGUGACGAUAAAUGGAUUGCAGCGAGGUUGGAAUGUCCAAAUGACAAAGACGUUUGA